CAAUGCUUCAAUUGAAGUGUAGAAUGUUGAACCGUGAUUUUAUAAGUCGGUUAGUUAAGCAUUUCAACCCUGUCACCAAGAGCUUGGAGUUUGGGAGGGUGCGGGUUUAUACAAUCAUGCCUGAUGAUGUUCGAAGGGCGCUAGGGCUAUCUUGUGGAACGAUACCAGUUUCGACGGACUCUCAAGACCCCCACUUUGAACACAUUACGAAGAUGUUUGGGAAAAAUAAUUAACCGUUGAAGAGAGGAGUGACAUUUGCGAUGAUGCAACAAGUAUUCAAUAAAAAGAAAGCUGAUGUGAAGUUCCAGACGUCGUACGUGCUAUUUGUGUUUUCUUGUUUCUUGUGUCCAACCACGAAGGAUGUGGCCACCACAAAAUUUUACCCGGCAGUGCACAAUUUAUUGCAAACUCCUACAUAUGCAUGGGCAGAAUUUGUGCUUGAUUGGUUGGUGAAUGAAAUUGCGAAGUACAAGAAGAGAAGUGGCAAGGUUGGUGAUGGUAAGAAGGAUUCUGUUGGCGUUGCUGGUUGUGUGUUACUUCUAAUGCUUAUAUAUUUUGACAAACAGCCAAUGGGUAUGAAGGUUGGGAGUGAAGGUGAACCCCUUAUUCAGUCAUGGACGACAAAGUUAAUAAAAGAACGUAUUGCAAAUGAGGAGACGUUGGAGUUGGUUGAUCCAAUUUCUAAGCAAUUCCCUAAGGCUUCGUAUCGGCAUCCGUGCACAAUUGCUGUGUUUCAUGAUUUGAAGAAAAAUUUCCUCAACCAAAUGCAACAUCUUGAUGCCCUGGAAAGCGCAUUGAUGGGUGAUGUUCCCAAAACUUGCACACGAAGUCCGUCAAAGAGGAAGCCGUCCACCACCAAGAGAAAGAAUUGA